GGUCAAGGUGUGUUAAAUCAUCUUGUAUCAGCUGAGUGAUCUCAUCAUCUGGUGUUAGCCAUGGAUCUCACUGGUAAAGAAAUAGCAAUGCUGGUGCUGCGGCUGUUGUUUGGGCUGUUAUACUCGGUGUACUGCAUGGUAGAGACGUUGGUGCUCACGCUCAUACCCCGCAGUUACCGCAGGAAGGACAUCAAGGGUAAUGUGAUCCUGGUGACGGGCGGCGGUUCAGGCAUUGGCCGCCUCAUGUGCAUUAAACUGGCAGCCAGGGGAGCCAUCGUCGUCACCUGGGACGUUAGUGAGGAAGGCAACUUGGAGACGGUGCGGCAAGUGGUGGCGGCGGGAGGGCAGUGCCGCGCCUACACCGUCGAUCUGUGUAAUAGACACGCCAUCUAUGCUGCCGCCACUAAGCUCAAGCAGGAAGUGGGCAAAGUGGACAUCUUGGUGAACAACGCUGGUAUCGUCACCGGCAAGAAGCUCCUCGACUCUCCUGACGAGAGUAUUAUCAGGACUUUCGAGGUCAACGCAUUAAGUCAUUUCUGGACAACAAAGGCAUUCCUGAGAGACAUGAUGGCUCUCAACAAGGGUCAUAUUGUCACCAUCGCCUCCAUGGCCGGCAAAUUACCCUGCAAUGGCCUCGUCGACUACUGCUCCUCCAAGUUUGCCGCCGUAGGCUUUGACGAAUCCCUCCGCCUCGAAUUCAAGGCCGAGGGUAAGAAUGGCAUCAAGACAACUGUGGUGUGUCCCAUGUACAUCGGGACGGGAAUGUUCAAGGGUGUUCAAUCCAAGAUUUUCCCUGUUCUAAAACCUGAAUACGUGGCUGAGGAAGUGGUGGAUGCCAUUUUGAUGAACACCCCAGUCCUCUUAAUUCCUGGUCACAUGAGGAUAGUUCAUUUAAUAAGAGCUGGAUUUCCUGAAAAGGCGUCCCAUUAUCUUGGUGAGAUAAUGGGUGUCACCUCUAUGAUGGACAAGUUUGAGGGAAGGAAGAAAGAUUAAUAGACAAACUACUACAGUGAGCAUUCAUCAAGACCCACUAAACUUUGUCAUGGGUAUUUCAGAUGAUGCCCAUGAAGAGCUCCUCCAAGUGAAGAAACAGGAGUUUGACAGAAGUAAAGGUGAGGGGGGGGAGGCAUGGUUGAGAGUUCAGACGCAUAAUAUGGUAGAACUAAGAGUGGAUGAGACCGAAAAUAAAAAGAAUGUAACAGAGAGAGAGAUUCAAGUAGCCAGCCCCCUAACCUUUGAGAAUGAUUCAGGGAAGGAAAAACAAAACAUAAAAGACAUGUUAUUAUGUAGACCAUAAAUUACAAAGAACUGCUGCAAGUAAAUUAACAAGAUACCAUUAGCAAGAACUAUAGGUCUUUCAGUAUUUAAAACAAGAUAAAUACAGUACCUGUAAUGAAUAUGAAUGGCAAGAAUCACAUAACAUCUAAUUGACAAGAAGUGCACCUCUAGCAAACACCGUAACCCGAACACCAGUUGACUGCAGUACCUUUUUGUUUUUUGUUUCUCCUAUAUGUCAAAUGUUUCAGGAACAUCUAUCCUCAGGGGUUUAAGAUUUUUUUCCACAUACUUAAACACAUGUUCAGCGAUCACCAAAUAUUUUUAUAAGGUAUUGUUAAUGAGGGCCAUUUCCAAGACUACACUAAAAUGCAAGUUACAGAAAUCCAAGAGAAAGUACUACUAACAGUAUUCAUUUGACAGCCAACAAAACUAACCGCAAAAUAUACAGUUAAAGGAUACAGACACCUCAUACAUACUGUACGUCCCUCAUGUGCUCUACAUAACCAGGCAGCUGUUGGGGGGAUUGAAGAAAUAAAAGAAAAUCCUUACAAUAUGAAUAUUUGUGUAACUGAAAAAAACAUAAUUGCAGAAUAAAAUAUGUUUACUU